AUGCCAGCUAAUGGGAAAUCACCCCAGAGGUUUCCUGCCCUGGUUCCAGGACAACCUGGCAGAUCAUUUGAGGGAUCUGUGUCAUUUGAAGAUGUGGCUGUGAAUUUUACCCGACAGGAGUGGUACAGACUGGACCCUGCCCAGAGGACCAUGCACAAGGAUGUGAUGCUGGAGAACUACAGCAACCUGGCGUCUGUGGGCCUCUGCGUGGCCAAACCAGACAUGAUCUUCAAGUUGGAGCGAGGGGAAGAACUGUGGAUAUUAGAGGAGGAAUUCUCAGGCCAUGGUUACCCAGGCUCUCUGUCACUGCUGUGUGCCAACAAUUCUGUUGGGGGUAAUGCCCUCAGUCAUGAUAAUGACCUUCAGCAUCAGAAGAUUCAAACUUUGGAUCAAACUGUUGAAUAUGGGAAAGCCUUCUACAAGAGAACAGCCUUUGUUGGACAUAAAAGAACACACACAGGAGAGAAAAACUUUGAAUGUCAUGAAUGUGGGAAAACUUACUGCAGGAAAUCAAAUCUUAUUGAACAUCUGAGAAUACACACAGGCGAGAGACCCUAUAAAUGUGGAGAAUGUGCAAAAACCUUUAGUGCAAGAUCAUACCUCAUUGCUCAUCAGAAAACUCACACAGGGGAGAAGCCCUUUGAAUGUAAUGAAUGUGGAAAAUCUUUUGGCAGGAAGUCACAACUCAUUCUACAUCAGAGAACACACACAGGAGAGAGACCCUAUGAAUGCACUGAGUGUGGGAAAACCUUUUCUGAGAAGGCAACCCUCAUGAUUCAUCAGAGAACUCACACAGGGGAGAAACCCUAUGAAUGUGGCGAAUGUGGGAAAACAUUUCGUGUUAAGAUAUCCCUUACUCAACACCAGAGAACUCACACAGGGGAGAAACCGUAUGAAUGUGGUGAUUGUGGGAAAAACUUUCGUGCAAAAAAAUCCCUAAACCAACAUCAAAGAAUUCACACAGGCGAGAAACCGUAUAAAUGUGGUGAAUGUGGGAAAUUCUUCAGAAUGAAGAUGACUCUCAAUAAUCACCAGAGAACUCAUACAGGUGAAAAACCCUAUCAGUGUAACGAAUGUGGGAAAUCUUUCAGGGUGCACUCAUCUCUUGGAAUACAUCAGCGAAUUCACACAGGAGAGAAACCUUAUGAAUGUAAUAAAUGCGGUAAUGCCUUCUAUGUCAAAGCACGCCUCAUUGAACAUCAGAGAAUGCAUUCAGGAGAGAAACCCUAUGAAUGUAGUGAAUGUGGAAAAAUCUUCAGUAUGAAGAAAUCCCUGUGUCAACAUCGGAGAACUCACGUAGGAGAGAAACUUUAUGAAUGAAGUGAAUGCAGAAAUGCCUUCUAUGUGCAAGUAUGCCUCAUUGACACAGGAGAGAGACCCUUUGAAUGUCAAGGAUGUGGGAAAGCCUUCUGCCAGAAAGCACACCUCAGAGAACAUCAGAGAACUCACUUAGGCCAGCCCUUGCCUUGUACUAUGGAGAAAGCUUCUCUAAGAAGAUUCCCCUCACCAUUUGACCAAGCCCUUUGGGCCAUCUGA